AUGGUUCGGGAUCAAAUUAUUUCAUUAUACCGCUCACUUUUGCGGAAUGCAAAAGGGUUAGAAAACUACGGGUUUAGAGAAUACGCAAUUCGACGAACAAAAGAUGCAUUUCAACAACACAAAAAUGAAUCAGACAAGCAAAAAAUAGAGGAAUUAUUACAAAAAGGAUUAAGAGAAUUAAGGGUAUUACGUAGACAGUCAUUAAUUCAUUAUAUGUAUCCAUCAGAACAAUUAAUUAUUGAGACAAAGAGCGAAGGAAAAAAAAUAAGAAACAUCAAUUCAGAAGAUGUAAAAAAAAAUGGAUAA